AAACCAUGAGCUAGUUAUAAUUGUACAGUUUUCAACACUGAAAUUCCCUUUUGAGCACAAACUGGUUUAUAGUCAAUAGAAACACCGUGUGUUUUUUUCUAAGUGGAACCUGUACCUUAUCGCAGUUUACGCGCUCGACCGUUCACAGUUUGAAUUUUACUCUCGACGAAUGCGGGUCGAGGCUUGCGUAAACGGGUGAACGGCACACAAAAUGGAUCCUAAUCAGCGCUGUCCAACAAGAAGCGAAAUUAAUUCGCUUCAGAAAUAUUACAAAGCUAUGGAAAUGUUUGGCAUCUUUGAGCCGCUAAAGCAAACCGAUUUAUGCGUACAGGAUAGAAUGAGUGCGCAUAACGAACAGGUGGAGCACUAUUCCAUAUACUGUUUUCUAUGCCAGCAACUUUUCACGGACAUUGAUGAGUUGCAGAGGCAUCUCUUUCUACACAUACAGCAAUGUCAGCAGCGCUCGCAGAGUCCAAAGCUGCCCAGCUUUGGAUGCGAUGCGUGUGGUAGAAAUUUAAGCUCAGAACAGGAGCUACAAAAGCAUCGCAAGCGUUUUCAUGCCUCCACCACGCCACGUGACAUUGUGGUAACUUAUCAGUGCGAUCAGUGUGAUAUUAUUUAUUUAAGUUUGGAUUUCCUGGAAAAACAUAAACGACUCCAUGAGAAUGGGGCGCAUACUUUGUAUAACGAGCAACAUAUCAGUUGGCAGUUGGCCAAGCAAAAAUAUGCACCACGUUCGCCAAACCCUUGGUUGGAGUCUGAUGAUUAUAUUUAAGAAAACGACGUGCCGUUUCUGAUUUAUUUAAAAUCUUUAUUUUUCUUUUAUGCGUAAUCAUCGUAUGUGUGUGUGUGUGUGUGUGCAUAAGUUUUAUAUUUAUGGUACAGCAGACGCUUAAUCAAUUUCAAUUCAAACUCUCUAUUAAUCACCUUUUAUUGUGUUAAAAAAAGGAUUUGUGUAGUUUCGCAUUACCUAAGUAUUUGCUUAUUUAUAUUUUGUAUAUUUGUUUAUUUAUUAAGGGCUUAAGCUUAAACAUUAUCAAUCCAAUGCAAUUAUACAAUACCGAAACUGUUCCCAUCUAUAAGUUGGCUAACUACAGUAAAAAUCCACACCGCCUUUUAGUCAAUGCAAACGUCUUACAACAUUAAAUUGUAAGUUUCUUUUUUUUUUUGAAAAUAAAUACUAGAAAUUAGUUAAAGCAAGGAGAAUAAAAGCAAUA